AUGGCGCCUGGAGAGAAGAUCAAAGCCAAAAUAAAAAAGAAUCUGCCGGUUCGAGGCCCCCAGGCACCAACCAUUAAGGACCUGAUGCAUUGGUACUGCAUGAACACCAACACCCAUGGCUGCCGCCGCAUUGUGGUGUCCCGAGGCCGCCUUCGGCGCCUGCUGUGGAUCCUGUUCACACUGACCGCAGUAGCCCUCAUUAUCUGGCAGUGUGCCCUCCUCGUCUUCUCUUUUUACACCGUCUCUGUCUCCAUCAAAGUCCACUUCCAGAAGCUGGAUUUCCCUGCCGUCACUAUCUGCAAUAUCAACCCCUACAAGUACAGUGCUGUGAGUGACCUUCUGACUGACUUGGACAGUGAGACAAAGCAAGCUUUGCUGUCCCUGUAUGGGGUCAAAGAUUUCCCAGAGGCUAAAGCUCAGAAACGCCGGGAAGCAAGAUCCAUGCGAUCCACAGGGGAAGGCUCACAACCCAGAUUCCUCAACCUGAUCCCACUGCUGCUCUUCAAUGAGAAUGAGAAGGGAAAGGCCACAGACUUCUUCACUGGUCGGAAGCGGAAAAUCAGUGGGAAAAUCAUUCACAAGGCUUCUAAUGUCAUGCAUGUUCACGAGUCAAAAAAAUUGGUGGGAUUUCAAUUGUGCUCAAAUGACAACUCUGACUGUGCCACCUACACCUUCAGCUCGGGAAUCAAUGCCAUCCAGGAGUGGUACAAGCUUCACUACAUGAAUAUAAUGGCCCAGGUGCCUGUAGACAAGAAAAUCAACAUGAGCUACUCUGCCGAAGAACUGCUGGUGACCUGCUUCUUCGAUGGAAUGUCCUGUGAUGCCAGGAACUUCACACUUUUCCACCAUCCAAUGUAUGGAAAUUGCUAUACGUUCAACAACAGAGAAAAUGCCACCAUCCUCAGCACCUCCAUGGGGGGCAGUGAGUAUGGACUGCAAGUCAUCUUAUACAUAAAUGAAGAUGAAUACAACCCCUUCCUGGUGUCCUCCACUGGAGCCAAGGUGCUUAUCCAUCAGCAGAAUGAAUACCCCUUCAUCGAAGAUGUAGGGACAGAGAUCGAGACAGCAAUGUCCACCUCCAUAGGAAUGCACCUGACAGAAUCCUUCAAGCUGAGUGAACCUUACAGCCAAUGCACAGAGGACGGCAGUGAUGUGCCCAUCACAAAUAUCUACAACGCUGCCUACUCCCUCCAGAUCUGCCUUUAUUCAUGCUUCCAGACGAAGAUGGUGGAAAAAUGUGGCUGUGCCCAGUACAGCCAGCCUCUGCCUCCAGCAGCCAAUUACUGCAACUACCAGCAACACCCCAACUGGAUGUAUUGCUACUACCAGCUGUACCAGGCCUUUGUCCGAGAAGAGCUGGGCUGCCAAUCAGUGUGCAAACAAGCAUGCAGCUUUAAGGAAUGGACACUGACCACCAGCUUGGCGCAGUGGCCAUCUGAGGCUUCUGAGAAAUGGUUGCUGAAUGUUCUCACCUGGGACCAAGGCCAACAAAUAAACAAAAAGCUCAACAAGACUGACCUGGCCAAGCUCUUGAUAUUCUACAAAGACCUGAACCAAAGAUCCAUCAUGGAGAGUCCAGCCAACAGCAUUGAGAUGCUUCUGUCCAACUUUGGUGGACAGCUGGGCCUGUGGAUGAGCUGUUCGGUCGUCUGUGUCAUCGAAAUCAUUGAAGUCUUCUUCAUUGACUUCUUCUCUAUUAUUGCCCGCCACCAGUGGCAGAAAGCCAAGGACUGGUGGGCCCGGAGGCAGGCACCUCUCUCCUCUGAGACUCACUCCAGUCGUCAGGGCCAGGAUAAUCCAGCUCUGGAUACAGAUGAUGACCUGCCCACUUUCACCUCUGCUAUGCGCCUGCCUCCAGCCCCGGAGGCCACGGUUCCUGGCACACCACCCCCCAGAUACAAUACCUUACGCUUGGACAGUGCCUUUUCCUCCCAGCUCACAGACACUCAGUUGACCAAUGAGUCCUGA